UUCUCUCAGUCUGCAGGAGAAUCUACAAUCAACAAGACUUCAGUUGUUGUUUCUCUGGAAAAUGAUGAAGAAGGAGGACCUGGUGAAAACUCUGGAGGAUUUGAUAGAGAAGGAAUUUGAGGACUUCAAGUGGCUCCUAAAGGAUGAAAGUCUGGAAGGCCACCAAGCCAUCAAAGCAUCCCAGCUGGAGAAGGCAGAGAGACAGGACACCGUGGAUCUGAUGGUGCAGACCUACCAACUUCCUGGAGCUGUGGAGGUGACCAAGAAGCUUUUAAAGAAGAUCAACAGGAAUGAUCUGCUGCAGAUCUUACUUAAGGCAGAGCUGGGGAAGAAAAACGCUGAAAUUCAGCAGAUGAUCCAGAAGAGACGACUGAAGAUUGAUGAGAUCAAACAUUCAGUUGACCUCAGUAAGGAAGAUGCAGACAGAGAGAAAGCAGAAGGUGUUCAGGUCUUCACCGCUCUGAAGGAGUCUGUUGAGAGAAGCCUGAAUGAGCUCAUUGAGACGAUUGAAGAGAACCAAAGAAUGACAGAGAAACAGGCUGAAGACAACAUUAGAGAGCUGGAACAAGAAAUCUCUGAGCUGAAGAAGAGAAGCUCUGAGGUGGAGCAGCUCUCACACUCUGAAGACCACCUCCACCUCCUCCAAAACUUCCUGUCCCUGGAAGCUGCUCCACCCACCAAAGACUGGACAGUGGUCAGCGUCCGUCCACCAUCAUAUGAGGGGACUGUGGUGAGAGCUGUUGCUCAGCUGGAGGAGACGCUCAGUAAAGAGAUGAAGAAGCUGGUUAAAGCUGAGCUGAAGAGGGUCCAGCAGUAUGCAGUGGAUGUGACUCUUGAUCCUGAUACAGCACAUUCUAAUCUCACCCUGUCUCGUGAUGGAAAACAAGUGAAUCAUGGUUAUAAGAGGAAGAAUCUUCCAGACAACCCAGAGAGAUUUUCUUAUUGUCCUAAUGUUUUAGGAAAGCAGAGUUUCUCUUCAGGCAGAUUUUACUUUGAAGUUCAGGUUAAAGGGAAGACUGAAUGGGAUUUAGGAGUGGUCAGAGAGUCCAUCAAUAGGAAGGGAAUGAUCACUCUGAGACCUCAGGAUGGUUACUGGACUAUAGUGUUGAGAAAUGGAAAUCAGUACAAAGCUUGUGCUGGUCCAUCAGUCCGUCUCUCUUUGAAGUCUCAGCCUCAGAAGGUGGGGGUGUUUGUGGAUUAUGAGGAGGGUCUGGUCUUCUUUUAUGACAUAGAUGCUGCAGCUCUUAUCUACUCCUUUACUGGCUGCUCCUUCACUGAGAAACUCUACCCAUACUUUGGUCCCUCUACUAAUGAUGGUGGUAAAAACUCCGCUCCUCUGAUCAUCUGUCCUGUCAAUCAAACUCUUCAAGGGAAAAUGAAGAAGGAGGACCUGGUGAAAACUCUGGAGGGUUUGAUAGAGAAGGAAUUUGAGGACUUCAAGUGGCUCCUAAAGGAUGACAGUCUGGAAGACCAUCAAGUCAUCAAAGCAUCCCAGCUGGAGAAGGCAGAGAGACAGGACACUGUGGAUCUAAUGGUGCAGACCUACCAACUUCCUGGAGCUGUGGAGGUGACCAAAAAGCUUUUAAAGAAGAUCAACAGGAAUGAUCUGCUGCAGAGUUUAUCAGACAGCAGCUCAGGACCAGAAGAUGAUAUUUAUAAUGAUGAGGAGGCUUCAGAGAACAGAAGACUUUCCUCCUUUCAGCUUCUGACCGACAGCAGUCAGAGGGAAGUUAUAAUUUGGUUAGUUCCAACUCACCAGGAGCCUCCUGUGAAAGUUUCACAUGACAAAAGACAUCAGCUGAUGGACCCUGUGGAGAACCUGGAAGACAGGAUGUGUAUGAAGCACAAUAAACCUCUGGAGCUGUUCUGUAAGACCGACCAGAAAAUUGUCUGUGUGCUCUGCGCCUAUUCUGACCACAAGACACAUGAUGUUGUUCCUCUGGAAGAAGAAUAUGAAGGAAAGAAGGCAGAGCUGGGGAAGAAAAACGCUGAAAUUCAGCAGAUGAUCCAGAAGAGACGACUUAAGAUUGAUGAGAUCAAACAUUCAGUCGACCUCAGUAAGGAAGAUGCAGACAGAGAGAAAGCAGAAGCUGCUCCACCCACCAAAGACUGGACAGAGGUCAGCGUCCGUCCACCAUCAUAUGUGAGGACUGUGGUGAAAGCUGUGACUCAGCUGGAGGAGACGCUCAGAAAGCAGAGUUUCUCUUCAGGCAGAUUUUACUUUGAGGUUCAGGUUAAAUGGAAGACUGAAUGGACUUUAGGAGUGGUCAGAGAGUCCAUCAACAGGAAGGGAAGAAUAACAGCUAGACCUCAGAAUGGUUACUGGAUUAUAGGGAUGAGAAAUGGAUAUGAGUACAAAGCUGGUAAUGACCCUUCAGUCCGUCUCUCUCUGAAGUCUUGGCUUCAGAAGGUGGGGGUGUUUGUGGAUUAUGAGGAGGGUCUGGUCUUCUUUUAUGACGUGGAUACUGCAGCUCUUAUCUACUCCUUUACUGGCUGCUCCUUCACUGAGAAACUCUACCCAUACUUUGGUCCCUCUACUAAUGAUGGUGGUAAAAACUCCGCCCCUCUGAUCAUCUGUCCUGUCAAUCAAACUGCCUGA